CCCGAGCUUCAUCCAUCCGUCCCAUCCAUCUCCAACGCCCUUUCCCUUCCGCCGCCCUCAACCCACAACAUUGGCUCCACGUGACGAAAACCUGUCCUAUCUAAAACAUGUGACCUGGCGACGGCGGAUCAGGACAAGUCUUCGGAACUUGUAUAAAGCCUCUCCGAUGGUAUAUGGCCACAAUGAUGCUUGCUCGGACUCACGAUUUUGAACUUGGACCCUUCAAAUAUGGGUACGAUGCCCCAUCGAGAUGAUAAUUCAAUACUCCGAAGCCGCCGCCGUCGUCGCGUCCGUGUUACCAAGAUGAGCAAUACAAAGAGUAUUACUCUUCCAAAUUCCUCAUACGUUUGACAUUCCAAGUCUCGACAGACAGAACUGGCGUUCCACGCUGUGUACGUUCUAAACUUCUCUCCUUGCCUCUCUCCCUCGCACACAAUCCCCAUUUUCUUUUCGAACUUAGUGGACACGUCAAGUUACCCCUCGACUCCUUCACCACCUCCCAACGUCGAAGCCUCCAAGCAAAAACCCCCUUUCUUUCUGCAAAAGGCGCCAUACCCUGUCUAAGCAGUCUUUGUGUUAAGACCCAGCUUCUGUAUCACAGAUGCACCUUGUGUCAUUCUCAUCACCUUCCUCCACCAAUACUCAAUCUCAAAAUUCAACCCCAGCACACAUCCCCAAACCACUCCGCCAAAGCCAUCAUGUGCAAUUCCAAGCUUCACACGUUCCUGGCGGGCCUUCCAAAGGUGGAACUUCACCUCCACAUUGAAGGAACCCUCUCAUCAGAUCUCCUUUUCAUGCUGGCCGCCACCAACAAGGUCGAGCUUCCCAAAUCCGACCCCGCCUUUGCCUCUCCUGAUGCUCUCCAAGCCAGGUAUGACCGCUUCACAUCUCUCUCCGACUUCCUCCACUACUACUACAUCGGCAUGUCCGUUCUCCUCACCGAGGCCGAUUUCACCUUCCUCGCCUACGAGUACUUCUCUCAUGCCCACGCCGAUAAAUGCGUCCACGCCGAGAUCUUCUUUGACGCCCAGGCGCACACCUCGCGCGGCGUCGCCUACGAGACCGUAGUCAAGGGCAUUGCAGAAGCCCAGCGCAGGGCCAAAGAAGACUUCGGAAUCACCUCCAAGCUCAUCAUGUGUUUCCUCCGCGACAAGGCUGUUGCCAGCGCCAACGACCACUUCACUCUGGCGGCCAACCACAGCUACUUUUCCGACGGCACCAUUACCGGCAUUGGACUUGACAGCGCCGAGGUUGGCUUCCCUCCCGAGCUGUUCCGCGAUGUUUAUGCACAGGCGAAGGGGGCUGGUGUCCACCGCACCGCCCACGCUGGCGAGGAGGGCGGCCCAGAUUACCUUUCCGGUGCCCUUGACAGCCUCAAUGUCGAGCGCAUCGACCAUGGCGUCCGUCUUGCGGAUGAUGCUGAGCUGAUGAAGCGCGUUGCGGCCGAGAAGAAACUCUUGACGUUGUGCCCGAUUAGCAAUGUCAAGCUGCAGAUCGUCAAGGCCGUGUCUAAGCUUCCGAUCAGCAAGUUUCUCGAUGCAGGCGUCCAGAUCUGCUUCAACUCGGAUGACCCUGCUUACUUUGGGGGAUACCUUCUCGACAACUUCUGUGCUGUUGAGGAGGUGUUUGGACUGUCUAUUGAGGAGUGGAAAGGCACUGCUGAAGCGGCAGUUCGGGGAUCGUGGGCCGAUGACAAGAGGAAGGAGGAGAUCCUCUCACAGAUCGAUGCUUAUGUUGCCAACUACAAUUGAAAAAGAUGGCGUGGAAUGGAGAAAUACGUUGCUAUGACGUGUCUGUUGAACAGUCCAGUGCUCAAAAGCUAUACAGAUAUUUCACACGAAUGAAUCCACAGACAGGUUUACGGGAAGAAGUACUGGCUACAGAGAUAAAGGGUAUCCAAAAAAUUAAAAGGGGGGGCA